AUGGACCUACCGUAUGCCGUAAUUAAUGCAAUUAUGCAAUACCAACUGGAAAGCACAUUUCACCAACAUAAUAAAGGCUAUCUUUUUGUCCCCAGGUUGUCUUCUAGAAGGGUCUCGGCCCCCCUCCUGAUGUGCCCCCCUCGCAACCCGACGAUGUCUCGCCUGAACGGGCGCAUCACCGGCAACCCCGCCGACUUGGCUGAUUUCGAGCCUUCGUGCCUCGUGCGAACCCCCUCCGGAAACUUCUACGUGCCUUCAGGUGAACUCAAUACCUGGGACAUUCAAAAAAAUCCGUCUAUGGACUACAAGUCUAACUCAUCGUGCAGUAGUCCAGGAAAACAAGAAAAGGGGACAUUAGAAAGAAUGGAUAGAAGCGACCGACAUCCGGCCUUCGGUGCACCAGUGCCCGUGCUUCCCGUUAGAAAUAACUUAAGAGCGACACACUUUCCCCCUGCCGCCUCCCGGUUUCAUUUCAGAAAGGGCCUAUCUUCAAGAUGCUCAUGGAAAUGUACCGCCAUAGUGUUUAUAGUGCUGUUUGUUCUACUAUUGUCUAUUGCUUCUUAUAUGUCAGCUUCAUAUUUUACGGACAACUGGUCAUAUGAGAAUGCAAAACCGUGCUCCGUUAUAGUUGGUGAUGUAGAUAAAUUUCAAGCAUCGAAAGCAACUACGCUUGAAUCCAAUAACAAGUCAUUGCCUCGACAACACCAGAGCUCGACAUCUUCAACCUCAGGUAAAGGGGACAGCCAUUCACGCGCUCGUAGAAGUGUAGACGAGCAUGCUUCUUUUCCUUCUGUUUCCUCCACGGAUUCUUCUACUGUAGAUAUGCAUGAGCUAAUCACUUCUUCCUCUGUGACCACUGGUAGUUUAGUGCAUGGUGUGUCACCAGAAGUAAGUACAGAAAUACAAGAGGAUGCUUCUAAAGCUUACGUAAAUGCUACAGAGGGUGAUUUGGGGCUAAUUCAUAAUGUGACUAAUACCACGUCUCUACUAAAUUUAAAUAACACAGAAAACAUCAUAAUAACAAACGAAAAAAGUAAAACUAUUGUAACAAAUAAAACUACUAACAUGGCAAAAAUAAAGGGAAAGACUGGAGUAAAAGGCGCUGCGGAAGACACUAUAGCCUACGAUCCUGAAAGUAUGCAAGCCGACGCCAACCCGUCUAUUUAUUCAUACGGUGUUCAAAAGUUACAAUAUUUAAAAUUACUAACAAGAUUAAAUGAAGUAAGCGAAGAACUUCAUAUUUUCUCUAACGAAACUGAUGAGAUAAGUGAAAAUCCAUUUAAAUAUCAUUAUGACAAUAGAGCACCUAAAAACAUUGCUACUACUUUUUCGUCUGAACAUAAAAUAAUAACCUCUCCCGUAGAAAAUACAGCUACGAUGGAACAACCUAACAUAUUUACAACGCACAGUGAUAAAUUACCAGCUUAUACAAAUUCCUUACUAAAAGAGCCGAGUGAGAGUGAAUCACAGAAUGUACCUAAUAUCACGCCAAGUGUAAAUAACAAUAUGAUACACAAUAGGACACCUGCUUCACAGUCUACUCCUAGCACUGAAGCUAUUAUUGAUAAUGAUACUGUGAAUUCUGAAAGUCCAGAUGUCGUAAUCAAUACAAAGCAUGUUUUAAUCAAUUUAACCAUCUCUUCGGAUGACGCAGAUAACUCAUACAAACCUCUCUAUUCCUUAACAUUCACAGUCCCCACAGCUGGUGAUAAGAAUGAGAUUCCCUCUGUAAAGAUUACACCUAUGGAUUUAGAACCAACUGCACCGUCUAAUUUUAACAAGCCUAUAGCAAUAGAAAACACAGAGGCGUUUAAUAACAAACCUAAAGCCGAUGUCGGAGGAGGUAGCUGCGAAUGUUCAUGUCCUGUUUGUGAGAGCAGCAUGUCUGCAGAUAAUUUUUAUGAUGAUGAAAUUGAAAAAGGUACUACAUCAACGGAUAGGUCAGAAUUUUACACUGACUAUAGCUCAAUAGCUACAGAUUAUACAGAAACUAUAGACGAGUCAACAGCAUCUGCUUCUACAGAUAAAAGCAAUAUGUCUGAGGCUGAAUUAGGAGAUUUACUAACAACUACGAAUGAGAUAUCAACCGAUUCAACUAUCGACGUGACAACAGAACCUGAGAUGAUAUCUACGACCGAAUUUCAAAAAAUUGUCUGUCCUAAGGUUAAGCCUCCACCUAUUCUUGUAUUGGAAGGUGCGCGAACGUUUCCAAUGCAGACUUUCCCCCCUGACGGAACGACAUUCAAACAAAUUACUUUAGGUGAAAAAUUAUCAAAAGAAAUCCCUCCAUAUAGCUACUGGAAUAUGCAGUUCUAUCAAUCGGAAGCCUCUUACGUGAAAUUCGACUACAUGAUACCGAGGGGAGCGUCCAUAGGAGUGUACGCGAGGCGAAACGCUUUACCGACACACACACAAUAUCACUUUUUGGAAGUUCUAAGCGGAUUUAAGGCUAGAACUACGAGAGCAUCGCACCCAUCUGUAAGGAAAGAAGUAACGCACUACAUGGAACAGGGUCAUUGGUUUCUCUCUCUUUACAACGAUGACGGUGACCCACAAGAAAUAUCCUUCAUCGCGAUGCUUGCGGACUACCUGACGCACAGUUGCCCCAACGGCUGCUCCGGAAAGGGGGAGUGUCUGAUGGGGCAUUGUCAAUGUCAACCCGGAUUUGGAGGGGACGAUUGCAGUGAAAGUGUCUGUCCAGUUCUCUGCAGUCAGCGAGGUGAAUACAUAAACGGAGAGUGCCAGUGCAACCCUGGCUGGAAAGGAAAAGAGUGUUCCCUCCGACACGACGAAUGCGAGGUACCAGACUGCAAUGGUCACGGUCACUGCGUCAACGGGAAGUGCUCUUGCGUCAGGGGUUACAAAGGAAAAUUCUGCGCGGAGGUGGACUGCCCGCACCCCACUUGUUCGGGGCACGGAUUCUGUAUUGACGGCGCUUGCGUGUGCAAGAAGGGCUGGAAGGGUCUAGAUUGCGCGACGAUGGACAAAGAUGCUCUGCAAUGUCUACCUGAUUGUUCUGGUCAUGGCACCUUUGACGUGGACACGCAGACGUGUACGUGUCACGCGCGAUGGUCGGGAGAAGACUGCUCCAAAGAGGUAUGCGACCUAGACUGCGGUCCUCACGGCCGAUGUGUUGGCGAGUCAUGCGUGUGCGACGCCGGCUGGACGGGAGAGUUCUGCACGUCCAAACUGUGUGACCCUCGAUGCAGCGACCACGGACAAUGCAAAAAUGGGACCUGCCUCUGUGUGUCGGGCUGGAAUGGCAGACAUUGUACACUAGAAGGCUGUCCGCGAGGCUGCGCUGGACACGGACAGUGCAGGGUGGCCAAUGACGGACAUUGGGAGUGCAAAUGCUUCGACGGCUGGGACGGACCGGAUUGUACGACUCUGAAGGAGCAGAUCUGUGACGACUCUAAGGAUAAUGAUAAAGAUGGCCUAGUCGACUGCGAAGACCCAGAAUGCUGCCAGAGUGCUGCAUGCAAAACCAGCCAACUGUGCGUGUCUUCGCCAAAACCAACCGACAUUCUACUCAGGAAGCAGCCGCCGGCCAUCACAGCGUCAUUCUUCGAACGGAUGAAGUUUCUGAUAGACGAAGGAAGUCUCCAGAACUACGCUAAACAGGAAACCUUUAACGAAAGCCGAUCCGCUGUAAUCCGCGGAAGAGUGGUUACCUCUCUCGGAUCAGGUUUACUUGGCGUUCGAGUUUCCACCUCAACUCCCCUCGAAGGAUUCACUCUGACCAGAGAAGAUGGUUGGUUCGACCUACUCGUGAAUGGUGGUGGGGCUGUUACGUUGCACUUCGGAAGAGCUCCUUUCAAACGUUCUACGCAAGUCGUGUUCGUGCCUUGGAAUGAGGUGGUAAUCAUUGACGAAGUAAUAAUGACGACUUCAGAUGAAAAAGGUGGAAUGGGUCCCCCACAAGCGUGUCUGGCCCAUGACUAUGAUGCGAUGAAACCUGUGGUGUUGGCGACGUGGAAGCAUGGGUUCCAGGGUGCCUGUCCCGACAAGAGCGCCAUCUUGGCUGAAUCUCAGGUGGUCCAAGAGAGUCUACAGAUCCCCGGAACGGGCCUGAACCUGGUCUACCAUAGCUCCCGCGCUGCUGGCUACCUGUCCACCAUUCAAUUGCAACUCACUCCAGAAAAAGUGCCUCCAACGCUUGCCUUGAUACACCUUCGAAUUACCAUCGAAGGAAUCCUGUUCGAGAAGACCUUUGAAGCGGAUCCAGUCAUCAAGUUCACAUACCCAUGGAACCGGUUGAACGUAUACAGACAAAGGGUGUACGGAGUAACGACUGCUUUGGUGAAGGUGGGCUAUCAAUACACAGAUUGUAAGGAUAUCAUCUGGAACGUGCAAACGACGAAGUUGAGCGGUCACGAUAUGAGUAUUUCCGAUGUUGGCGGAUGGAACUUGGACAUUCAUCACAGAUACAAUUUCCAUGAAGGUAUUUUACAAAAGGGUGACGGAACAAAUAUCUACCUGAAACACAAACCGCGUUUGAUUAUAACAACAAUGGGCGAUGGCCGACAGCGCGCACUUGAAUGUGGUUCGGAAUGUGGCGGCACUGCGACCCGACAGCGUCUUCUGGCACCUGUGGCCCUCACAGCUGCACCAGACGGCAGCAUUUUCGUUGGAGACUUUAAUUUAGUUCGCAAGAUUAAUACCGAUGGCACUGUUAGGACUGUUGUGAAACUCAAUGCCACAAGAGUCUCCUAUCGUUACCACAUGGCGCUGUCACCUUUGGACGGCACACUCUACAUUUCAGACCCAGAGUCCCAUCAGAUCAUAAAGGUCCGAAACACCGACGACUUCAGCGAUCCCGAGAGGAACUGGGAAACGGUGGUCGGCUCUGGUGAAAGAUGUCUUCCAGGUGACGAGGCCCAUUGCGGUGAUGGUGCGCUCGCGCGGGACGCCAAAUUGGCAUACCCUAAGGGCGUAGCGGUUUCCACAGACAACGUUCUAUACUUCGCUGACGGAACCAACAUCAGGAUGGUCGAUAGAGAUGGAAUUAUAACAACAGUUAUUGGCAACCAUAUGCACCGGGCGCACUGGAAGCCAAUUCCAUGUGAAGGUACUCUAAGCGUGGAAGAAGUGCACUUAAGAUGGCCCACUGAGUUGGCAAUCAAUCCGCUAGACAACAGCCUGCAUAUAAUAGAUGACCAUAUGAUCCUUCAGAUGGCUCCCGAUGGCAGAGUCAAAGUAAUCGCUGGCAGACCACUGCACUGUCCUUCACCCUUAACUGGCUACGAUAUGGAAUUAGCAACUUAUGCAACAUUGGUAAUGCCACAGAGCAUUGCAUUCGGUGCAGCAGGAGAUUUGUAUGUAGCGGAAAGCGAUUCGCAGAGGAUCAACAGAGUUAGGCUGAUAACAACAGAUGGUAAAAUAUCCCUGUAUGCUGGUGCUGAAUCAAAGUGCAACUGCUUGGAAAGAGGCUGUGACUGUUUCGAAGCCGAUCAUUUUCUGGCGUCCAACUCCAAGUUUAAUACGAUCUCUGCUGUUACCGUUAGCCCCGAUGGUAUUGUGCAUAUUGCUGACCAAGCCAACUAUAGAAUUCGUUCCGUCAUGGCAAGCAUUCCAGACGCAAGUGGGGCUAGGGAAUAUGAAAUUUAUUCGCCGGAUACUCAAGAAAUUUACAUAUUUAACAGGUUCGGACAACACGUUAUGACUAAGAAUAUUUUAACUGGAGAGAAUAAUUACGUUUUCACCUACACCGUUAAUACCAGCAACGGAAAACUUAGCACCGUCACUGAUGCCGCAGGCAACAAAGUGUUCUUACUACGCGAUUAUUCCAGCCUCGUCAAUUCGAUCGAAAAUACUAAGGGACAAAAGUGCAGACUAAAGAUGUCCAGAAUGAAAAUGCUCCAAGAAUUAAGAACGCCAGACAAUUUCAACGUAACCUUCGAUUAUCACGGUACGACUGGUUUGCUUAAAGCUAAGUACGAUAGUACAGGUCGUAGCUAUAUCUAUAAAUAUGACGAAUUCGGUAGACUGACUUCGGCGGUAACACCCACAGGUAGAAUCAUAACGCUGACGUUUGAUCUGAGCUUGAAGGGUGCCACCGUACUUGUGAGUGAAAAUAAUAAAAAGCCAACUUCGAUAUUGAUCAAAGGCUCAUCUGUAAUAACUAAAGUUGGCGAAGCCGAAAAGAAAACUAUAAUUUCUACUGACGGAAGUAUUUCAUCUAGCAUGCCGUGGGGGCAUGUAAUUUCGACCGACACGGUUCCCUACACGAUAUUAUCAGAAAUAGACCCAAUUUUAGGCGAAAGUUACCCCGUUCCUGCCAAGCAAAGGACUGAAGUAGGCGGCGAUCUGGCUAAUCGAUUCGAAUGGAGAUAUUUCUUACGUAGACUUCAAUCCAACAAAGGAAAGAGCAAUAAAGCUGUCGCUCAAAUAGGACGCAAACUAAGGAUAAACGGAGAGAAUCUCCUCACACUGGAAUAUGAUCGAGAUACUUCGACAGUCGCUAUAUUUAUGGACGACAAAGUAGAAUUGUUGAACGUCACUUACGACCGAAUGGCGAGACCUGUACGCUGGGGUCCCAGGAGUGGUAUCUUCGCUGAGGUCGAACUCGACUAUGAUAGAUUCAACAGAUUGACGAGCUGGAGAUGGGGAGAUCUCAAUGAAACAUAUGGUUUUGACAGAGCGGGAAGGCUGCAUGAAAUCCGGUAUGGAGACGGUUCGUCGCUGGCGUACUCCUUCCGGGAUAUGUUCACCAGUCUACCUCUGAAAGUGACGACGCCGAGAGGAAGUGACUAUUUGCUCGAUUACGAUGACUCUGGAGCUCUACAAAAUCUUACUACACCUCGAGGCCACAUCCAUACGUUUGCUUUAAUGACAUCUCUCGGUUAUUUCAAAUACCAAUACUUCUCGCCAAUGAACCGGCACCCCUAUGAAAUCUUAUACAAUGACGACGGCUACAUUUUGGCGAAAAUAUUUCCGCACCAGUCGGGCAAAAUUCUGUACGUCUAUGACAAUUCUGGGAAGCUAGAAACCGUACUCGCCGGGGCAUCGGCCAUCCGUUACGGAUACCACGAAAAUACGCACUUGGUCAAAAAUGUGGAAAUAACUGAUCCAGAUUAUGAAUUAAGGCAGGAUUACAAGUAUCACGCUGGCAUCCUCAAGGACAAGAAGAUGAAAUUCAACUCGAAAAGUGGUCUCAACAACGCACACUUCAAGUACCAGUACGACGGUAACGCUCGUUUGUCCACCAUCGACAUGAACAUCAACAGCAAAGAAAUGCCACAACUGAGAUUGAAAUACAACCAAAACUUAGGCAUUCUGGAAGCAGUUAGCGAUUUAAGAAUUUACAGGAAUACCUUCAACCGAUCCGUCAUGCAGGACACGAGCAAACAGUACUUCACGAUCACCGACUACGACGACCACGGCAGAAUAAAGACCGUUCUCAUGAAUAUUAAAUCGUACGACGUGUUCCGACUAGAAUUGGAAUACGACGUUAAGAAUAGAAUAAAAUCCAAGAAGAUGAUGAUCGGCGACACGUCGUCGAACGAGCGAAUAAGCUACAAUUAUGAUGGGCAUCUAAUGGAAGUUGUCGCGUCCGAGGACGAUUGGAAGUACGUAUACGAUGAAAACGGCAACGUGAUAGGCGUCAUCGAGCACGGAGAGAAGCGUUACCUUGGCUACGACAUUGGAGACAGAGUCGUUCAAUAUGGAGAUAUCGAAUUUAGCAGCUACGACGGCAGAGGUUUUGUCAUACGCCGCGCUGAACAGAAGUAUAGAUAUAACUCUCGUGGACAGUUUGUGCACGCGUUCGAAAGAGACAAGUUCCAAGUGUGGUACUACUAUGACGACAGGAACAGACUUGUGGCAUGGAAGGACGAUAAAGAGAAUAUUACUCAGUUCUUCUACACAAAUCCUCAAUCACCAAACCUCAUCACACACAUGCAUUAUCCUAAGACAGAGAAAACAGUGCGCUUCUUAUACGACCAACGAGACUUCCUCACUUGCAUCGAAACGGAAGACCAGCGUUUCUACGUCGCUACGGAUCACAACGGUUCACCUUUGGCCAUUUUCGAUGUGAACGGCGAGAUUAUUAAAGAAAUCAAACGGACGCCAUUCGGAAAGAUUGUGAAAGACACGAAUCCUGGUUUUUACGUGCCAGUCGACUUCCAAGGGGGAAUAUUGGACUAUAACACCAAUUUGAUAUAUCUCGAGAACCGAUUGUACGAUCCUUUCGUUGGACAGUGGAUGACGCCGAACUGGGAACAUUUGGCCACUAAGUUGAGUCUACCAACCGACAUCUUCAUCUACAGAUUCAGAAACAACGAUCCUAUAAACAGGGAUCAGAACGUUCCUUAUAUGACCAGUUUGUCGAGCUGGCUCCAACUUUACGGCUACGACUUGAGCAAGAUGAUGGGUGCGAAAUACAUCACCGACAUGAUAUUCACGCCAAAGACGUCCGUCACUGCUCCUCAACUUGUCCCAGACUUCGGGGUCAUGUCUGGGUUGCAAUGCAUUAUUGAUAAGGUCAACGACAAGCUAUCUGACUUAGAGUUUGUACCCACUCCGUUGCUGAAGAUGGAGCCGAUAACGAGAAAUCUCCUGCCGAGAGUUUCAUAUAAACGCGGUGUAUUCGGAGAAGGAGUUCUCAUAUCCCGAGUAGACGGACGGGCUUAUAUCAGUGUGGCAGACGGCGCUAACAGUGUUGUAGAAGACGUGAUCACCACGGUUUUCAAUAAUUCCUUCUUCCUGGACGUGCACUUCAGCAUACACGACCAAGACGUGUUCUAUUUCGUGAAGGACAACUCUUUGAAAAUUCGAGACGAUAUGGAUGAACUGAGGCGGCUGUCUGGAAAGUUUAAUGUCUCCCAAGAUGAGACCAAUGACCAGGGUCUAGAGGUUCGGGUACAUGCGGUCGGCAAGGGUUCAGCUCAGGCGGUAAUCGUUCUACGUUACGGCGUCGAUCCAGCUCAAGAAAGGAUCAAGCUAUUGAAACACGCUCACAAACGCGCCGCCGCAAGAGCCUGGGAAAGAGAAAAGGCCCUGGUCGCUGCAGGUUGGGAAGGAAGAGGAUCGUGGACCGAGGAAGAGAAAGAAGAAUUGAUCUCUCACGGAAUAGUGGACGGUUGGGCGGCGAGAGACGUUCACUCUGUAUCCAAAUAUCCACAAUUGGCCGACGACCCCGCAAACAUCGUCUUCGUCCGCGACGGUAGGAGAAAACGGAGAAAGAGUGGGCGCGCGCGUCACCGGUCGUGA